AUGGACAAUCAAACAAUUGUAACUGAAUUCACACUGCUUGGAUUAUCUCACCUUUCGAAGUUUGAACACCAGCUCUUCCCUAUGUUUCUCCUUACUUAUUUGUUGACCCUGAAUGGGAAUAUGUUGAUCCUGGUCCUCAUUCUCACAAAUAACCAUCUCCACACCCCAAUGUACAUUUUUCUUGGAAACCUGGCCUUCGUGGACAUCUGCUAUUCUCAAGUCACUGGUCCACAAAUGCUCUUGGAGUUCUACUCUAAGAAAAAAGUCAUAUCCUAUGGAUCUUGUUUGACUCAAGCUUUUUUCUUCAUGUGUUUUGUUAGCUGUGAGUGCUUCUUGCUGGUUGUGAUGUCCUAUGACAGAUAUGUUGCCGUUUGUCAGCCUCUGCAAUAUAUACAAAUCAUGAGUUGGAGAAGAUGUGUUCAGCUCAUCAAUUUGAUAUGGGCUUUAGGAUCAAGCUACUCUUUAGUACACAUUCUAUUCACACUGAGGUUGACAUUUUGUGGCCCAAAUACCAUCCAUAAUUUCUUUUGUGAUCUUCCCCAGUUGUUGACUCUUUCAUGUACAGAUACAUUCCCUAACAUACUACUACUAUUUCUGUUGGGAGGUUUAUUUACAUCCAUUGCUUUCUUCAUAACACUCUUGCCAUAUGCUUACAUUUACUACACAGUUCACAGGAUAAGGACAAAAAAUACAACAUUUAAAGCUUUCUCAACCUGUACCUCCCACCUCACAGUGGUUUGUAUUUUUUAUGGAACUCUGUGCUUUGCUUAUUUGCGCCCACACUCAACAUAUUUUGAUGCAGACUUGGUGGUGGCUGUUGUGUAUGCAGUGGUUUCACCUUUAUUAAAUCCCAUAAUCUAUAGUCUAAGAAAUGGAGAGAUUAAAAAUGCAUUAAGAAGGGUAAAGAAUUCAAUUAUCACAAGUUACAUGGAUUAA